AUGCAAGGCUUCAACAUGGGCCGCUACGUCCCGCCGGACCUGGAGGGCGUGGUGUCGUUCAACACGGCGUCGGGCAAGGGCCACGCGCUGGGCUCGCGCGCACGCAAGCUCAAGACCGAGGGCGUCCUGACCGUGCGCUUCGAGUGCCCCUUCGCCAUCUGGUGCACGCACUGCCGGCCCGAGCAGCUCAUCGGCCAGGGGGUGCGGUUCAACGCCGAGAAGAAGAAAGUCGGCAGUUACUUCUCCACGCCCGUCUGGAGUUUCCGCUUCAAACACCCCGUCUGUGGCGGCUGGCUCGAGGUCCGCACCGAUCCCCAGCACGCCGAGUACGUGGUCGUCGAGGGCGGGCGGCGCAGGGACACGGGCGCGGAGAAAGUGCUGGACGGGGAAAUACGCAUCGCGGGGCCGGGCGGUGGAAAUGUGACCGAGGAAGACAAGGCGCGGCUGGAGCGCGACGGUGGGUUCGGCGCCCUGGAGAAGAAGGUCCAGGACAAGACCCUCUUCGACUCGCAGAAAGAGCGGCUCGAGAGCCUCCUCCAGGCCAGCGAGCGCGACUGGGCCGACCCCUACGAGCGCAGUCGACAGCUCCGCGCCGAGUUCCGCGUGGGCCGCCGCAAGCGGCAGGCCGACGAGAAGUCCGGCGAGGCUUUGAAGGAGAAGUUCGGCCUGGCGCUGGACGUGGUGGGUGAGCACGCCGAGGACGGCGAGAGGGCCAAGUUUAUCGAGUUUGGCGAGCAUCCUGACCUCCUGUCGACGACGAUAGCGACGAGUUCGAGUUCGAGGAAGCCCAUGUUCCGCCACGUCCUCGACGGGGAUGGACACUUGGGAGGGCCCCCUUCCUCCUCUACUCCUUCCUCUCUCUCACUCCUCUCCUCCUCGUCCUACUCCUCCGCUGCCACCGCCGCCUCUCGGUCCAAGUCCACUCCCGCAACGAAACGGGAUCCGGAUCACUACAAGAAGGAUAUCCUGCAGAGCACGCUACGCAGUAACACGAGGAUUGCGACCGACCCGUUCCUGAGGGGGGAGGAGGAGGGGGAUAUCUGGCAGAAGCCCCGCGUCAAACGGAAAAGAAGAGGGGCGGAUGAGGAGGACGGGGGGGAGACGGAGCACAACAAUAGAGAUAGACAUGAAGAUAAAUACGAAGACACGGAAAAGAGACGAGAAACGAACGCGAAAGCGACAGCGAAAGCCGGAAACAGCACGGCGUUGGCGUUGGUGGUCGGCUAUGAUUCGGAUUCAUCGUGA